UUCUUAGGAUUAAAGAUAUUUAUUCUUGUAACCAGAACUCGUAAGAUAACAAAUUUCUUACUCAAUCUUUUAUUUGAUAAACUUUAAACCAAAAUAAAGAGAACUUGUGCAAAUGAUGGGAUCAGUUUAUUAUAUCGUUCUUAUUUUUAUUGCAGAAUUUGUCAAUCAAACUAAUGCAAGAAACAUAACUACUUGUACUUCUAAAUAUCCUUUGGUUAAAAAUGAAGCAUAUGAAUGUGAAAUAUUAUUCAAAAAUAAUGAUGGAUCAAUAAAUCAAAUCAUACUUCAAGUUGAUGUUUGUAAAGAUCCUAUUGAAGCAAAAUUCUAUAAGAAAACCACUAUCCCGAAUAGUGCAGAGGUGACAGAACUUUCUCAUAUAUUUACAAGAUUGAACAGCAAAUAUGAGCAAAAAUUUAAAAACCAAGUAUAUUUAAUUCGAGUUGAUUUUAAUGAUGUUGCCAACUAUUCGGAAUUUAUAGAAGUAGUUGUUGUUUUAGCUUUGGGAAAAAGUGGAGAUAUCAUAGUAGAGGGAUUUUUUUCUACCAAACAAAAAAAUUGCGCAUGGGUGGACACUUUGAAUAAUGGAGAAAAAGUUGGCUUUAUUGCUUGCAUGAUAGUUUUGUUUUUUCUGCUUGUUGCUAUAAUCUGCAUUAUCAUCGGAAAGUUCAUAAAAAGAAAAUAUUUUUAUAAGAACUACCCAUUCUCGCAAUAUUCUCAAAGAGAACCAGUUUUAUCAUCGCUUGUUAAAAAAGACUUAUUUGACGAUAAAGCUUAAUUGUAUUCGAACAGCAUUAAUUGUGAAAAUGGUUAUUUUAUUUUUAUUGUUUACAUAAUAAAAUUUAUUUGAGCUCUA